AUGUCUUUCGACACGUACCAGACCCCAUUGGGCUCCCGAUAUGCCUCCAAGGAGAUGCUCCAGCUGUUCUCGGCCCGCUCCAGGGCCAGCACCUGGCGCCAGCUCUGGCUCUGGCUGGCCGAGGCUGAGCAGGCGCUGGGCAUCGACCAGAUCACGCCCGAGGCGAUCGAGCAGCUGCGUGCCAAGCUCAUAAUCAGCGAUGAGGCCUUUGAGGUCGCCAAGGAGGAGGAGAAGCGUCGCCGCCACGAUGUCAUGGCUCACGUCCAUGCAUACGGGCAAGAUGCACCCGCAGCCGCCGGAAUCAUCCAUCUGGGCGCGACAAGUUGUUUUGUGACGGACAACGCCGAGCUCAUCUUCAUACAGAAGGGACUGAAGCUGCUUCUCCCCCGUCUAGCCAAGGUCAUUUCCAACCUCAGCCAGUUCGCCCUGAAGUACAAGGACAUGCCCACCCUCGCCUACACUCACUAUCAGGCUGCCCAGCCCCACACUGUCGGCAAGAGGGCUGCCCAGUGGACCCAGGACCUGAUGCUGGACCUCCGCAACCUCACCCGUGCUCUCGAGGAUCUCGAGUUCCGAGGCGCCAUGGGUACGACUGGAACCCAGGCUUCCUUCAUGGAGAUCUUCCACGGGGACGGCGACAAGAUUGACCGCCUUAAUGAGAUCCUCUGCGAGAAGGCUGGCUUCCCUUCCACCUACUCCGUCUCCACCCAGACGUAUACGCGCAAGGUCGACCUGAAUGUCGCCCAGGCCCUUGCAGGAGUUGGUGCCACUGCUCAGCGGAUUUGUACCGAUAUCCGCCACUUGGCCAACCUGAAGGAGAUCGAGGAACCUUUUGAGAAGGACCAAAUUGGAUCCUCAGCAAUGGCGUACAAGAGAAACCCAAUGAGGUCGGAGCGCAUCUGCUCUCUUGGUCGCAAGCUCGGCUCCAUUACCACUCCUUUCGUGGAGACAUAUACAACACAAUGGUUCGAGCGGACGCUUGAUGACUCUGCCAUCCGCCGAAUCGAUAUUCCAGAGGCGUUCCUUCUGGCCGAUGCCAUCCUACUCAGCAUGGACAACGUCACAAACGGUCUCGUCGUAUACCCUGCGGUCGUCCGCGCCAACCUGAUGAAGGAGCUCCCAUUCAUGGCAACCGAAAACAUCAUCAUGAAGAUGGUCGCCAAGGGUGCCUCCCGCCAGGAGUGCCACGAGGAGAUCCGCGUCCUAAGCCACCAGGCCUCCCAGGUCGUCAAGGGCGAGGGCAAGCCCAACGACCUCAUCGAACGGAUUCGCAACACUGCAUACUUUGCCCCUGUCCACGACAUCCUCGACGAGGUCCUCGACCCUGCCUUGUACGUCGGCCGCUCCGCCGUCAUUGUCGAGCGCUUCGUCGCCAAGGCGCAACAGGCUCUUGUCCCCUAUGCCGACUACCUCGGCAAUGCCGAGACUGCCCAGCUGUCUGUCUAA